GAACGCAGGGAGCACUACAGACGAUUGCUGCCACCUGAGCCGGGAGCUGACGUGGCGAGCGAGGAGAGGGCGGUGGUGGCGGUGCGGCUUCCAGACGGGAUGGUGUGCAGGCGGGAGUGGCGGAGAGCAGACACUGUGGGGGACGUCUAUAACUGGCUGCACACGCUCCCCCAAAAGGACCUCCUCCCCUUCCCCCUCUCCCGGGCGGCUCUCACCACCACCUUCCCCCGCCGCUUGCUGCCCCGCGCUGCCUUUGUCUCCAUCUCCCUAGCGCAUGCAGACCUGUGCCCACGAGCAGUGCUGGUGGUGGAAGAGGAGGCAGACCUGUUUCCACGAGCAGUGCUGGUAGUGGAAGGGGAGGUUGAUGAGAAUGAGGGAGAGGGGCAGGGGAAUGUGAGAAUGAGAUUGGGCGGGCAGAGGAACGAGAAUGAGGGCGAAAAGGCGGGAAAAUGUGGGGGAAGGGCAGCGGUAUGA